GCGACCGCUUGAUUCAAGAGACAGGCCCAGCAUUCUGAAACCCUAAACCCUCAUCCAGAAUUGUGGGCCUAAUUGGACUGUUGUAGGGGCUUUUAGUUGAGAGAAACUAAAGUAGAGACGGGGUUUACAGUUUACUUUGUGCUCAUUUCUGAGCCGUUGCAAUGAUUUAGAGCCAAGGAACGGUCGAGAUUCGAUUCACAUGCACAUAGCUAAUGGCUUUAUCAAUUGCCUGCGGAGAGUCCUCGUCACCGUUACAUAUUCUUAUCUUUCGAUUGUGGAAUCAAGCCAUCGACUCCGUCAAGCUCAGCGUUGCUCACUUAUUCGCUAACUCAAGGAUUCGGAGUGACGAUGAUAUAUUGCCCUGUAGUUUCAAAAAUAUGUUCAGUGUUGUUAGUGAUCAGUGUCAGAUGAGAACUGAGGACUGGUUUUUGAAUAAGAAGAAUUCUGAAAAUGAAGAAGACCCACGGGCAGUAUUCAAUGUAUUGGAUUCAACGUUGAAAGAGAAUUUGGAUCGCUUGAAAACGAUGAGGGAGAGCUUAUCUUUGACAAAGGUUGGUCUUGUGGUUUGUACCUCAGAAACUGACUACAGAGGAAAUGUAGCUGUAAUUAGGGAUUUGUGCUUGGGAGGAAAGUUGGGUGUGGCUUUAUGGCUGCGGAGUAAAAUGAUUCAGAAAGGCAUUGUACCCGAUGUGCUUACACAUAAUUAUCUUAUUAAUGGACUGUUCAAAACUGGUGACACACAGAAGGCUGAUGGUGUUAUUAGGGAGAUGGUAGAAAUAGGUCCCGCUCCAAACUGUGCAACUUACAACACUUUUAUCAAGGGCUACUGCCAUAUCAAUGAUGUGGAUAAAGCUCUUCAUCUUUUAUCCACUAUGGCAAGUUCUGGCAUCAGGCCAAAUACAGUUACUUGUAACAUACUUGUACAUGCACUAUGCAAGAAAGGUCUUUUAGCGGUUGCCACGAAGCUUCUUGGAGAGAUAUUAGCUAACAGCGACGGCAAGGAAACCUCUGAUGUAAUUACAUCAACUAUACUUAUGGAUAGCUAUUUUAAGAGUGGAGAUAUGAUUCAUGCUCUUGGUAUCUGGGAUGGUAUAUCUCACUCUCAAAUGGAUCUCGUAGCAUAUAAUGUCCUAAUAAAUGGGUUCUGUUUGAGUAGAGAAAUGAACUCUGUGUACAUGCUUUUUUGUCAAAUGCUUAAGAGGGGUACACUUCCAGACAUUUUUACUUACAAUACUCUUCUUAGCGGUCUUUGUAAAGAAGGGAAAUUAGAUGAGGCUUGUUAUGUUUAUGAUAUCAUGCUAAGAGCUGGAGUUGCUCCAGAUCAGAUUUCAUACAAAAUUAUUGUUCAAGGCUUCUGUGUUCACGGAGAUGUUGUCAAAGCUAAUGAAUUUCUUCUUUAUAUGUUAGAGAGGUCAAUUGUGCCCGAGCCUCAUAUAUGGAACCUAAUAAUAUAUGGUUAUGGAAGAUGUGGAUAUCUUGAUGGUGCAUUCUCUGUUAGAGAUCAGAUGUUGUCUUUUGGUGUUGCACCAAAUGUUUUUACCUUUAAUGCAUUAAUUUAUGCAAAAAUAAAAGGAGGAAAAAUUUUUGAUGCCUUUUAUCUAAAAAAGGAGAUUGUUUUAAACAACAUUUUGCCUGAUUUAGUCACAUAUAAUUUGUUAAUAGGUGCUUUGUGCAGCAUGGGGCAACUUCAUUUUGCACUUCAAUUGUAUGAUGAAAUGCUGAGAUUAGGAUAUGAGCCUGAUCUCAUAACAUAUACUGAAUUAAUUAGAGGUCAAUGCAUAAGAGGUAAUAUGAAGGAGGCGGAAGAGCUUUUUGCCAAGUUACUGAAAUCUGGUUUACCGAUAGAUCAUGUACCGUUUCAGAUAAUUAGUAAGACAUACUGCAAAAUGAGAGAACCACACAGGGCAUUUGACCUCUUCCAGAAGUGGUUCGCAAGUGAUGAAAGAGUUUGUCCACUUUAAUAAAAUAUAAUUCUAUUGAGUUAGCAGUUGUCAGAAACAAGGCCUCUGGCAUGAGUCAGUUUUUAUUUCUGAACAUGAAUGAACUUAUUUCAAUGGUGAAAGUCUUCUGCGCUUGGGAGGCAUAAACACUCUUCUUUGAGGUGCAAGAAGAUGACUUGGACCUUAUCACAACAUUCCCCACUCAGUGAGAUGAAUGGUGGGGCAUUUGGCCUUGAGUUCGCUUAUUCAUUUGUAAAACUGUUUUGAUCUUAACUUCCUAUUAGUGAAGUGGGUAAUGAGGCAAUUGUGAAGUUGUUCAUCAUGUGUCUCACUAUUUGGUCCAGGAUGAUGGAGCCAACCUGUGUUUCCACCGCUGAUAUGAAUCUGUUAGUUUACAGGGAGUUGCUUUGAAGAUGUUGCCGUUGGGCUCAAACCUUGAAAAUGGUUCGAUGGGUUUGCCUGGGUUGCCUUCUAUAAGUGGGGCUGUGGUUUUUUCGUGUGAUGCUGGUGUCUCGAAAAUCUUGAGCAGGUGAAGAUAAGCUAAAGUAGGGUCCAUAUGCUGCUUCCAGAAAAACCUGCUGAGCACGGAAAGAAGAAAUACUCAGUAUGCCCUUGAGUCUAAAGCUCAGAAAGGUAGAAACUAUAAGAAACCUGAUGAUUUAGCAUUUUAUUCAAUAUGAUAUAAGCUGUAGCAGUUGACAAAUUAUGAUCUUAUUUCAUGAGAAUUUACUAUGCUUGAUAUACCCUGUCAGAGGUGGCAGCUCUCAAAAUUGGAGACCUAUUAGGGAAUAAAUGAAGUGGGAUUCGAUUUACCUUGUUGACGAAGAUGAUUCAUUGACCAUUCCAACUCCCUAUAUUCAAUGAUGAUCUGAAGCCAAACGAACGGUUGUAGAAGCUGAAGAAAUGCACCUUUUGAGUGAGAAAACUUCUAUCAAUACUCUAAUUUCUGAUUUAGUUGAAAUUGUAGAGAUAAUUUACUGCCCUUUGAAAAUUUACACCGUAAAUAUAAUGUGGAGGUAAUUUUUUUUU